AUGAAUAUACUAGAUUUAUCAACCGAGGGAAUUCCAGUUUUAGAUGCUUUCGUGUGUGCUUCAGCAAUUUCUGGUAUAUCAAUACAAAAAUUAAAAUUUGGUAAAUUAAAUGAUAAUGGUACAAGAGAAAAUGAUCAUUUUGAAUUGUUAUCAUCAAGUUAUAUUAAAAAAACCACAACAAAUUCUCUAAUGGCGGGAGAUUGGACAAAAGGAGAAGUUUGGCCUUGCUUUACUUUUGAACCAUCAAAAUCUGAUGAUUUAAGGUUUCGUGCGGGAACAUUUGAUCAAAUAAUUAUCCUGGUAGAAACUCAAAGUUCUUUAACAGUAUUUGAUAAUCACGAGUUGUUAUUUGGAUUGUUUAAUGAAGAAAGAAACAUAUCUGUUGUUGCACCUUUCGUAUCUCCGUUACCCACAAUAAACACUUUUACUUUUAGUCAUUUUGAAAUGGUUGAUAUUUAUAAUGAAAAACAUAACUAUUUCACUAUAAAUAAACAAACCGCUAAUAGAGUCAUAGGUGGUUUCAACGUUACAAAUCUCAUGGCUAGAUUUUUAUAUUCUCCCGACUCAUAUUUUGUGUUAAAUUAUACUGGAAAAAAACCUUUUUCAAUAUUCGAAAUUAUAGGCGCUGCAGGUGGUCUUAUCACUUAUGCAUUAGGUACCUAUUGGGUAUUGUUUGGUAGAGGAACGUAUAGAUCGUGGGGAAUAAUUCAAAGAUAUCUCUUGAGAAAUUCUCCAGAUUUAAAUCAACCGAAAGGAGAAAUGGAUUCUUCUCCGUUAUCCUUAAUAGAAAGUCAAUCUAUAAAUGCAAGUUCAAGCGUAACACCAACAAGCGCUGCUUCAACUUUUUAUUUUGGUAUAAAGGGUGAAUCAAACUAUAUUAAUUCUCCUCCUAUUAACAGUCCUAUUUCUAAUUAUGAUAAAGAACUUUUAAAAAAAAUCGAUUCCUUAAUUAAUGAUAAACUCUGGUUAAUUGAACAAACUUUAAGUCGUCACUAUCUAUCGGGUUUUAGAUUACGAAGUUAUGACACAACAAAUGCUUUCUUGGAUGGUCACGUUAAAGUAAAUAUGAAGAAAGAUAAAAAUAAUGUAAACGAGGAAUUAAUUCAUAUUUCAACAGAAAUUAAUGAAAUCGAAGUAAUUUCUGACACUAAUAUUACUAUUGGACCAGUUCCUCCAGCAAAAUAUAAAAAAUAA